AUGGUACCCAAUAUUUUUUAUCUGUCUUUGCUGCCAGUGGCGCUGGGGCAUCCGCGCCUGCAAUCGCGGUUGGACAAUGGGCUUGCCCGGACGCCUCAGAUGGGGUGGAACACAUACAACCACUACUCAUGUUCCCCAAACGAAUCUAUCGUACGCUCUAACGCCCAGGCCUUGGUCGAUUUAGGAUUAGCCUCGCUAGGGUAUCGGUAUGUCACCACCGACUGUGGGUGGACCGUUGCGGAUCGACUGCCUGACGGAUCCUUGACCUGGAAUGAGACCUUGUUCCCGGAAGGCUUUCCCGCACUGGGGAAGUACCUUCACGACCUCGACCUUCUUUUCGGGGUUUAUGGAGAUUCGGGAAUCAAGCUGUGCGGGAGUCCUCCCGAUAAUGUCGGCAGUCUAUACCACGAGGAGCAAGACGCUAAGACUUUUGCAUCUUGGGGGGCUGACUCGCUGAAAUAUGAUAACUGCUAUUCCGACGCCGCGACGGACUAUCCAAACGUAAACUACGAACCGGGCACGUCGCCGCAGGCAAGAUUCGAAAUCAUGUCGCGCGCCCUAGCCGCGCAGAACCGCUCCAUCCUUUUCCAGGUUUGUGAAUGGGGGAUUGAUUUCCCAGCACUGUGGGCACCCGCGCUAGGGCACUCGUGGAGAAUCGGCAAUGAUAUCAUCCCACACUGGAGGUCGAUCUUCAGAACGUUGAACCAAGCUGUGCCUCAAACUAGCUUUGCUGGACCUGGCCAAUGGCCCGAUCUGGAUAUGCUUUUGGUGGGCAACGGUAUAUUCUCAAUUCCAGAAGAACAGACUCACUUUUCUCUCUGGGCGAUUCUCAAGAGUCCCUUGACUAUCGGAGCUGCAUUGAAGGAUGAUAAGACUGUCAUAGGCGAUGAGUCCGUGCAGAUAUUGAAACAGGAAGAUGUGAUUGGUUACAAUCAGGAUUCACUGGGUGUGAGUGCCAGUCUCCGGCGACGCUGGUCAGAUGAAGGCUAUGAAGUAUGGAGUGGGCCGUUAUCCGGUGACCGUACUGUAGCGGCUUUGAUCAAUUGGAAGAACGAGUCGAGGGAUCUUACUCUGGAUCUCCCUGAUAUUGGGCUACAGUACGCUGGCACGGUGAAGAAUAUCUGGGAUAGCUCUACCGCUCAAGAUGUUAAGACCUCUUAUACAGCAAGGGUCGAGGGCCACGGAACGAUACUGCUCGAGCUUCAGGAUACUGCACCUUCCGGACAAUAUCUGAGCGACACGUUCGCUACAUCAGCUGGGUCUUCGACCACAUUUAAAUCGAUCUACGGUGUCACCACAAGUACCAAGUACAACAUCACAGUAAAACUAUCCGGCGAGGGCUCCUCUGAAAAUGUGAGAAUACAAUCGACGGCAAGUAAUAGGACAAUUACGGCACAGGUCUCAGCAUCGGGCAAAGAGGCAUCUGCACAGAUAGCCCUUGUAGCUGGAUCAUCGAACUCCAUUACAGUGACAUCCUCGCAGUCCGUCGAGUCAAUCAUAAUCACCCCUCCCAAUGGCACAUAUUACCCGAAUACUGUCUUCACGACAACCGGGGAUGCACAAUCUGUCUCCUGUGGCGCGGGAUAUUGUCAGCCAAUUGGCUCUAAGAUAGGGAACAUCAGUGCGAACAGCACAGCUCGGGCUGUGAUCCCCGCCACUGCCGGAACGAAGUAUCUGGCAAUCGACUACAUCAAUAAUGAGGUUGCAUUUGACUCAUCCUGGGAUUGGGGUUCCAACUCGAGAAACCUGACCGUCAGCGUUAAUGGUAACAAACCAGUCAGAGUCGAGGUCCCCUUGAGUGGUCAGCAUAGCGAGUUGUUUGGGCCUGGCAAAGGGUGGUGGGAUGCGGCGACGAUUGGGGUAUUGACCGAGGGGUGGAAGGAUGGUGACAAUGAUGUUAUCAUCGGAAAUGAGGAUGGUGAGAAUGGAUUCACGUCCUAUGGGCCUGACUUUGUGGGCUUGAGGGUGCUGUAG